AUGGCGUUGGAGCGAUUUCUGAAAAUGGAAAAACGAUUGGAACGGGAUACGGAAAUGAAAAUUCAAUAUCAUGCCUUCAUGCAGGAGUAUGCUAACCUUGGGCACAUGAAGAAGGUAACAAAUGAAGACACACUGAGGGAGAAUGCAAGUUCUGGAGCGCAGAAGGUGCUUUACCUGCCUCACCAUGCGGUGUUGAAGGCAUCAAGCAGCACGACCAAAGUGCGCGUUGUGUUCGACGGAUCAGCGCGCACAAACAGCGGAUAUUCUUUGAACGAUGCUUUAUUGAAAGGACCGAUAAUCCAGGACGAGCUUUUGAGUCUUCUAGUGCGUUUCCGCAAGCAUGAAAUCGCAUUGGUAGGAGACGUGGAAAAAAUGUACAGGCAAGUUCGCGUACAUCAGGAUGAUACAAGCCUUCAACGAAUCCUUUGGAGAUUUUCGGCCGAUGAACCUAUUUGCGAAUACGAAUUGCUUACAGUCACCUACGGAUUAACACCAUCAUCAUUUCUUUCCAUUCGAGCGUUGCAUCAGUUAGCAGCAGACGAGGGGGCUGAAUUUCCUGUUGCUAGUGCGGCUUUGAUCCAUGUAUUUUACGUAGACGACUACAUCGGCGGGGCAUCCAGUGUUGGCAAUGCAACUCAAUUGCGGGAAGAUUUGACGAAAUUGAUGUCCAAAGGCGGUUUUGUACUGAGGAAAUGGUGCUCGAAUUGUCCGGAGGUACUGAAGGACGUCCCUGCAGAUCAGCUAGGAACGCAUCUGUCGAUUACAUUCGAUUUGAAUCCAGAUGAAGAGGUGAAAACAUUAGGAAUAACAUGGGAGCCAAGAUCUGAUCAAUUGAGAUUCGACAUGGAGGUUGCAGUCGACAGCGUAGCGUGGACAAGGAGACGAAUUCUUUCGUGCAUUGCGAAGCUAUUUGAUCCUCUAGGAUUAAUAUCGCCAAUAGUCGUUUAUGCGAAGAUAAUUAUGCAGCAGCUUGCUUUAUUGCAAACUAGUUGGGAUUCUCCUGUUCCAAUGGAAUUAGAGAAAAGGUGGACGGCUUUCUACAACGAAUUAAACAAUUUGUCGAAACUACGAGUUCAGCGGUUUGCCUUCAUAUCUUCUUGGAACGAUGUUCAGAUCCACUGUUUUGCAGAUGCAUCAGAAUCAGCUUAUGGAGCCUGUUUGUACGUUCGUACAAUGGAUGCCACUGGAAAUAUACAUAUCGAAAUGCUGUCUUCGAAAUCCCGUGUAGCUCCAUUGAAAAGGCUUACUCUACCACGUUUGGAGUUGUGUGCUGCUAAGGAGGCAGCUACUCUAUACUCUAAGGUCAUUAAGGCAAUCGACCUGGGCCAAGUUCGCUCCACAUUUUGGUCUGACUCAACAAUUGUGCUUCACUGGCUUCAAGCUCCUCCAAAUACUUGGAAGACCUUUGUUGCCAACCGAGUCUCGACCAUUCAAACUAUAACACAAGGUCAUCGUUGGCGACACAUAGCUGGAAAGGAAAACCCUGCUGACUUGGUAUCCCGAGGAUUGACCGUCAACGAUUUUCUUCAGAACCUGUUGUGGAAAAAUGGACCAUCUUGGCUACGAAACCCAGAGGAUUCCUGGCCAUCUCAAACUCUGGAGAUCAGUUGCACGGAUGUCGAUAUGGAGACUAGAAAGUUAGUAACACACAUUACAACUACGUCAACGGAACUCAACGAAAUCUUCACGAUCCGGUCAAAAUUGGAGGCACUUCUACGUAUUGUUGCUUACUGCAUUCGAUUUGGUCGCAAUUGCCGUGCUCCUGAUCAAAGAAAUCGCUCUCCGUGUUUGACUGUAGAAGAGAUUUCUGCUGCUAAAUUAGCCUUGGUCAAACUAGCCCAAGCUGAGAGUUUUGAAAUCGAGCUUGAACAUUUGGAGAAACAUCGGAAUGUCAAUCGCAAGUCUUCACUUAGGCGUCUCUCACCUUUUCUCGACAAAGCAAGGGUGAUUAGAGUUGGAGGACGUUUACGUCAUGCAAAUCAGGAAUAUAGCAUGAAGCAUCCUGCAGUUCUUCCAAGCAUGCAUCCCUUAACAAAGUUGCUCGUCGACUAUUAUCAUCGGCAAACAAUUCAUGGAGGACGCCAGUUAACACUCUCCACAAUGAGGCAAGAAUUCUGGCCUAUUCAUGGAAAACGCGUAGUCGACUGCGUUCUACGAAAGUGCUACCGCUGCUUCCGCAUAAACCCCACACCGGUACAACAACCAACAGGCCAGCUUCCGGGCACGCGAGUCCGUCCAAGCAGGCCUUUCUCCAUUACAGGAGUGGACUAUUGCGGUCCAUUUUAUUUGAAACCACCGCACCGUCGUGCAGCAGCGCCUAAAUCAUACAUUUCGGUGUUCAUAUGCUUUUCAACCAAAGCCAUACAUUUGGAGAUCGUGAGCGAUUUGUCCACAGCCGGCUUUCUUUCAGCCCUUCGUCGAUUCUCAGGACACCAUGGCAUUCCAACUGAAAUUCAUUCAGAUAACGCCAAAAAUUUCGCCGGUGCCAAGAACGAAUUGCACGAUUUGUAUCAUACCCUGAAUGAUAAGUCCAGUCAAGAACGUAUCGGCAACGAACUGUCCCUGCAAGGCAUCACGUGGAAAUUUAUACCCCCUAGAGCACCGAAUUUCGGGGUUCUUUGGGAGGCAGCCGUCCGUUCUGUGAAAACCGCUCUUAAGAAGGAAAUUGAAACCCGUCAGCUUUAUUAUGAAGAUUUCUCCACACUACUUGUCCAAAUAGCCGCAGCACUGAACUCGAGACCAUUAGCCCCACUUUCUGAUGAUCCAACAGAUCUAAACGCGCUCACACUAGCGCAUUUCUUAAUUGGCACACCGAUGAAUGCUAUACCCGAGCGCAAUCUAAUCACUACCCCAGCCAACCGCUUAGACCACCAUCAACAACAGCAGCAAAUGUUCCAAAAUAUUGGGAUCGUUGGAGCAGAGAUUAUUUGA